AUGGAUUACAAAUAUAUGGCAAGAAUUCCUAAUCCUGAAGGCUUAAAGGAACUAGGCGUUUUUGGAAAAGGACUUUUAUUAAAUCACGAUAUUAAUAAUUGGAAGUUUAACAGGCAAUUCUUUGUCCAAUCAGUAUCCACGUUAAAUUUCUUGAAAGAAUCUGUUAAUUGCACACAAAUGGUAUUUAAUGAGAUGGAGGAAUACUGGAGAUUUGGAUUAGAAGACGACAACAUUACCGAUUUUUCCGAGUGGUCACAUAGCCUCACCACGGAUAUCAUAUUUCAGAUGAUUACUGGGAAAAAAACGUGGGCCACCGCUUCGUAUUUCUUGGCCAUUUCACGAGGAUCGAAGUUAGAGAGAUUACAAAAGUUUGAUGAAAAAUUGAUUAAAGAGUCUUCUAAAUUAUCAAAAGCGUUUCAGAUGUUUAUUAUGGGAAUGGAUUUCUUCACAUUCUUUCCUCAGUGGGUGAGAAGCUGUGUUCCUACUUUUAGAGCAUCCCAGAAGGAAAUCUUAGAAGCACCCAAUACCGACAGAACUAUCUCUGAUAUAAAAGAUAUUAAUCAGGAGUAUACAGAACCUUUAACAGAUGAGGAGAUACGCGGAAUUCUUAUAGAAGCCCUAGCAGGUGGAGUUGACACUACUGCAAAUGUAUUUAGCUUUACUAUUUAUUACCUUGCCCACUAUCCAGAUAUUAAAGAUCGGUUACGUCAGGAGAUUGAUAAUAUUUUUAGCCAAAAGGAAAACAGAUCACUCACAUAUGAUGACUUAUCUAGCCUAGUAUAUUGUGAGGCCGUAAUUAAAGAGGUAUCGCGUGUAAUGGCCACGGCGCCUUUUAUAACUCGUUUUAACUCCGAACCGGAUUCAAUAGAAAAUAUUGAAUGGGGCACAAAUACACGGUUUUUAAUUUUUGCUCCUGGUGUUCAUCUAAACAAAGAUUACUGGGACGUACCAGAAAAAUUUGAUGUUGAUAGAUUUAUCGAUGAGAAGAAACAACAGAACGGGAAGAACCUCUUGCUCAUGUGGGGCGGUGGGUUAAGACAGUGUCCCGGUCGAAGACUGGCAAUGGUUGAACUAAAAUGUUUAAUAGUUUCAGUGUUUAGAAAUUGGGAUAUUGAGUUAGUGGAUAUGAAUUCUCCGUUAAAGUGUGAAACUUCCAUUGUUAGAAGUGCUAAAGACUUGAAAGUUAAGAUCAAACCUCGAAAGGUUAUGUAA